GGAAGAGCUAUUUUAAGGCCAAUGAUAGAAGAGGCUGAAAACUCAAAAUAUUGGCUAAUUAAAAUGUGCACAAAUGGCACAUAUGUGAUAAUGCAAGAUAGACAAUGGGGUUCAAGUAAAUGUAAUAAUGGAAACUGAAACAGAGAGAUAUAAGGAGUCCUUAAAAGUGGAAGAGUCAAAAGUGUCUGUGAAAGACUAUAAUGGAGGAACAAUUCCAGUGUUGGGAGAAUACACACUGACACUUAACUACAAAGGGAAAAUAACAAAACAAGAGUUUGUGGUCGCAUACAGAUGCAAUCAACCAGGCUUGGACCUACAUGCAUGUGAGUGCUUGGUCUCUUUAAGAGGUUGUAUAGCAUAAAGAAGACAGGAAGACGAUCAGCUAUGAAAAUAUUAAUAGCAUCACAGGAAGAUAUAUUCACAGGAAACGGAUGCCUCCCAGCAAGAUACAGUUAAGAGAAGAUGUAGACCCUGUGGUACAUGCUACAUGAAAAGAAAGAGGCAAGAACUGCAAAACAUGACAGCAAAUGGUACUAGAAGAACCAACAAAUGGAGUUCAUAUCUUCGUAACGGUAGAGAAAAAAUAAGAAGGAUUCUGGGUUGUGUAUGGACCCUAAGGAGCUGAACAAAAAUAUAAAACACCCACUUCCACUUGCUCACAAGAAGUGAACUGUUGUCUGAGAUGGCAGGAGCCAUAUUUUUCAGCACCAUAGCUGCAUCAGCAGGAUUUUGGCAGAUCCCCAUGGACAGCGAGGUCUCCAAGAUCUGCACAUUCAACACACCAUAUGGCAGAUACUGCUUCCUCAGACUGCCUUUCAGAGUAUGUUUGACUCCGGAAGCAUUUCACUGUACAAUGAGCCAGAUGCUAGAGGGUCUAGCAGGCAUGAAAGUGGACAUUGAUGACUUAAUAUUUUGGGGCAGCACUGCCAUUGAACAUCAGGAAUGACUGAGGAGAGUACUGGAAAUUGCAAGAGCUCAUAACCUUAAAGUGAGUAAAAUCAAACGUCAAUUUCAAACAACACACUUGGGAGAGAGAUUGACCUCCAAAGGAAUCUUGCCUGACAAAUCAGAAAGAUUCAAGCAAUACUGAACAUACUGAGAUAUGAAAAUAAAAGGGCAUUCAAAGGCUGCCAAGCAUGUUGAAUUAUGUCAGCAAGUUCAUACUCAACUACAGAGCUCUCACAACUCACCUAAUACGUCUCCUCCUGAAGGUCACGGAAUGGGCAUGGAUGCCAGAGCAUGAAAGGGAGUUCAAUAAUGUAAAACACAUUCUGUCAAUCAGUUCCAGUGCUUCAAUUUUUUGACUCAUCAAACUCUCCACAAAUGCCUCAAAAGGAGGGCUGGGAGCAGAGUUAUCGCAUCAUGGAUCUGAUUGGUUGCCAGUCUCAUAUGCAUCUAGGGCUAUGCAGUCGCAGAGAUGACACACACACACACACAUUGAAAAAGAGUCACUAGGUCUGACAUACAGAUAUACAAGAUUUUAUCGCUUUUUCUCAACAGUUUCAAAGCAGAAACUGAUCACAAACCUCUGAUUGCAAUACACCAAAAGGGGCUUGGAGAAGCACCACCAAGGACACAGUGACUACUUUGGUUAAUACAGAAGUAUGAUGUGACUUGGUGUUCCAACCUGGAUACUGCUUAAUAAUGGCAGACACACUCUCAGGAUUGUCUCCAUCUGACAAUACACAGGCUGAUGAUCUGGAGCAAGCCUUAAACAUACAGCAUGUGAUGCUUUUUAUCAUGUUCACAGGUAUCUCCAGGCAUAUUGGAUGAACUGGAGACAGAAACAACUAAAGAUUAAAUGCUGCAAGAAGUGAUAUGAACUAUAAGUAAAGGAGGGGAAAAAACCAACACUUCCUUACCUGCAUAUUCCCACUAUAAAAAUAAGCUUCCAGUGCGCUCAGGAGUGGUUUUCAAGAGAUGAUGAGAAGGAAAAUAUUGGGAUGAAUACAUGACGGGCACCUGGGAAUGACCAAAUCAAAAAGGGCAGCUAGAGAAGGUGUAUUCUGGACAUAGGUGUAUAGUGACAUCAAAGAAAUGGUGGCAGUUGUGUUAAAGACUCGGUGAGAAUUUGGCAAGAUGGGCACUGGCCAGUCAGAACUACAGUGAUCAAAGGGGAAUCACCUCGCCGUAUUCAGUGAACACAAGCUUCACAGCUGAAGGCAAAAAUCUUACCAAGAAAUCAUAAGCAACUGCUCAAGAUACUUGACAACUUGGCUGAGACAAGCAAAGUAAGAGCAGACACACAAGUUGAAAACAAUUCACAAGUUGACCCUGUUACUGACCAUGAGACUAAACAAUCUGUGACAGACAAGGAUUCGACUAAAGAGGGUUUGCAAUACAGCAGAUCAGGAAGAUUGCUGAAACAGCCUACGAGACCGAUCAAGACAUGGCUUACUUCAUUAAGGUUUAUAUACUCCUUUAUGAUCUUUGAAGUGAAGGUGUUACAGAAACGCUAAUCUCCUCUGCAUAUGAGUCACUUGUCCUCGCUGCCUCCAAGACUGGAUACUGUUGACAUGCAGUCUCCAAGAAUACCUGGUAGAAAACGAGGAAGACCCCCACUCCAUUCUACUCCGAUGAAAAUGGCUGUUCACAAUCUCUAUUCAGCGCCAUCUGGUUCCUUGCCAGUAGUGAAGAUCCCAAAGAAGAGAGGAAGAAAACCCGGGUACAAGCUGAAGUCGCGUGUUCUGAUGACUCCUUUAGCAAUCUCUCCUCCAAGAAGCACACCAGAACCUGAUAUUAGUUCAAUCCCUCAGGAUGCAGCUACAAUACCCAAUUCAGCUGCCCCACAAGCUCUCACUGUGUGCAUUUACGUCAACAAACAGGCAAACAUGGGGCCAUACCUCGACAGGAAAAAAGUGCAACAGCUUCCAGAUCACUUUGGGCCUGAAAGACCUUCCAUGGUCCUCCAGCAAGCAGUGCAGGCAUGCAUUGACUGCGCACAUCAGCAAAAGACUGUCUUCUCGCUUGUCAAGCAGGGCUAUGGAGGCGAGAUGGUGUCAGUUUCUGCUUCGUUUGAUGGGAAGCAGCACCUCCUGAGCCUGCCAGUAGUGAACAGCAUUGGCUAUGUCCUGCGCUUCCUCAAGAAGCUCUGCCGCAGCCUACUGUGUGACAAUCUCUUCAGUAAUCAGCCUUUCCCACAGUAUAGCAGCACCUCUGGAAACCCAGCGCAGUAUGAGAAUGGAAGACUGGAGUCAGAAACUAUCGUACCUGAAGAUUACCUGGUUGACCCUAUGAACAUGAAGCGCUACAGUGUUGAUCCUUCUGAUUCUGCCUUUAAUUGCAUGAGCUCCCUGUAUACCAUGAGACAAAGCUCUGGAGAUGGACGUCUCGCUGGAGGCUCCCCUUCCUCUUGCAGCCACCGUUCCGGUCCAAUGUCCUCCGGGGGACCAUCAUCUACUGGUUUGAGGCAUCAGACAUCCAGCCCAACUAGAAAUGGAACCUAUCUUGAAGGAAACAGAAGUGCCUCAAGUCCUUCGCCGGAAAGGCAAGAUGCAGCUCGGCCGUCAAGCAAGAACCCUUCGACCUGGACUGUCGAUGAUGUGGUUUGGUUUGUGAAGGAUGCAGAUCCUCACGCGUUAGGUCCACACGUGGAGCUUUUCAGAAAACAUGAGAUUGAUGGCAAUGCUUUAUUGUUACUGAAAAGUGACAUGAUCAUGAAAUACUUGGGGCUGAAAUUAGGACCAGCAUUGAAACUUUGUUACCACAUCGAUAAACUCAAGCAAGCAAAGUUCUGACAUUUCCUUCAACAGUGGCCCAACAUAAUCCGAGAUAGCAGACAAAAGGUAACAUGUUGCCUUAUAGAAAUACAUCAACUUGUGAAUUGUUUUUCCCUCUUUUUUAACAAAGACUUUCUUUUUUAAUACUUGUGCAUCUUCAACUUUUUUUAAUCCAAUGGGGUCUUUUAGCUGUUCUGUGUUAAUAAUUUUCCAAAAAGUAUAUAAUUACAAUAAUUAUUUUAUAUCAUUAAUAUUGUUAUUAUGAUUAUAGUAAGUCCUAUUUUUGUAAUCAGAAGUGGGAAAUCGGAAACAAAUACAGCUUUGACACAUGCUGAGGACUGAUGAGAGACUAUAGAAGAGUCACUCAUUAGCCACCUGUCAGCCUCUGGGGCAUAAUUAGUAACUUGCCAACGUCUGGGGUGUGGUUAUAAUGCAGAUCCAAGAACAACAGCAUUAUGAGAUAAAAGGCCUGGAAAAGGUCAGAUUAAUGCCCUUUGUUUGGUCAGCUAUUGUUGUCUUAUGGGCACUACCCCACGUCUUGCACUAUCUGGAAAACUUGAAAUUCUUUAGUUUAAAAAAAAAAAAUUCUGAAGACUGAAGUACCUUGUUUUCCCACUAGAGGGACAAAUCCUAAUAAACUCCAGGCUUCAGCUGCUGAUGACAUGGUGGCUUUCUAUAGGGUGUGAUUGAGCCACCUUGAUUUUACGUCUAGUAUACACACAAAUUAGGAACUGCAGCUCCUAGCGUGAUCGACCCUUCACUGCUCACCGACAACUAGUUCACCGUUUAGAAAAACCAAAACGCAGAAAGCGUUCCUGGUAGGAUGCCACAACACACUGCAUCUCGUUAAGUCAAAAAGUGGUUGGAUAGCUCCCAGAGCAUCUGGCAUUCUCAGCAGUCUGCCUCCUUCCUUGAGCCAUGCCUGUGUGCCAUAUAUUUUGUGGCACUCUUUAAAAAAGCAAAAGAGUACAGUGGAAAUGUUCUCCAAAAAAAAGUUGAAAAUACAACGCACACUGUACAUUUGCAAAUGUGUUGGAUCUAAAAGGGAGAUUUUCUAGAUUAAUUUCCUUACUGAAGCUGCCAUUGUGGGUAAUCUUGUUAACGUUCAGCACAUAUGCAGAGGUGUUGAGCAUUAGGAUUUAAGUGGAUUCAAAAUGUCCUUCUGCACCAUAAAAGAACCAAAAAAAAAAAAAAAAAAAAAGACGAUUGUCCACAUCCUAUAUAGCCAUGCCAGGACGAGUAUAUUUUUUAAAAAAUAAUAGAUUACUUAUGGGUUGAAUAUGCUCUUAUUUUCUUCUUUAAAAAUGAGAUUUAUCAAAAGGAUACCUCCACCCGUUCAGCUUAAACAGCAUUCUCUUUAAAUGAGUGUCCAGAUUUUUUAGCAACUCUUUGAGAUAUUAGGGCUGUGUGAUAGCCAGACUCAACCUGUCUCAGAGAAUGGAUUCCUGAACCUCUACAUGGCAGUGAUCAGAUGGUACCAUCCAAUUCUGUUCAUGUAGAAUAAAAUGUUACCAAAAAUGUCAUGCAGAACAAAACUCAUUUUUAUGUGCAACAUUAGAAUAAACCUGCUACAAAAAGAUACAAAUUCAGGGCCUGAUCCUGAAAACACAUAUGAAUGUGAAUAACUUUAAUCCCAUGAGUAGUUUAAUAGAACUCACUGGGGUUAUUCACAUGAGUAAAGUUACUUAUGCCCUUAUAUGUUUGCAGCAUUGGCUCCGCAAAUGACUGACCAGUUUUCAACAAGUCCUGUAUGCACACUGAAAUGCCUUUGAAAUGAACACCUGAAUAAAUGUGUUAAAUGAAAUUCCUAUAAUACUAAGUAUAAAAUAUACUAAUAUCUAAACAUAUGGACGAUUAGAACUUUAAACUGAGCUGCACUGCUUUAUGUCCGUGUUGCACAGAAUGAAAAUCUGCUCAGCCAGAUGUGUGCUAGGGACAUAAAUGUGUUCACACCAACAAGACGGUUAUACAGUUAAUUGUUCACUGUUGCAUUUUCAAAAGUUAAAUCUUUUACUUACAAUAAUGCUACUUAUUUGACCUGCUUUUAAAGUCAGCCCAAAAGAGUGUAAAGACCUUGAUAUAUCUGUAAUGUCAUACUCAGCAAAUCCUAGGACAAUCUAGUUUUCUUACAUGUUCUGCAAUGUAGCCCAUCUUUCUUAUUUUUAAAAAAACUUCUGAUUUUAGUUCCUUCCAUCCAAAAACUCACUUCACUGUAACAUAGCUAACUCCAAAAGAGAGCAGGUCAAACAUUUUCCAGUGGGAUGUUUUUUCCAUUGCAAAAUGCUGUUUCCUCAAAAUCUAAACUUUCCAAGGGAACCUGCUGAUUUUGAGAAAAUUUUGUUUUGGAAACCUCCCUGACACAAACAUUUCACUAUUAUUGAAACACUUCUCUUUUGACAUUCUUGGGAGGAAUAUUUUGGGGGUUUUGUUUUCAAAACAACGUUGUCAUUUGAAAAUGUUUUUGAUUGUAUAUUAUGUAGAAGGUCAAAUUUGAAUGAAAUGUUUCAAUUGACCCAAACCAUUUUUUAAAAAAUUCAUUUUGUAUAAAAUUUCUAAAUUCAGUGUUUUGCUCUGAUUUGGAAGAAACCCAAAUUUCAAAUUCUGGAAUUUCCCACAGAACAGAAGUUCUGGUUCCUCACAGCUCUACUCCUAACAUACUUUCUUUCCUCUCUCUGCCCCUCUUUUAGCCAUUAAAACUGAAUAGUAAUCAGAAGGCAGAGACAAUAUUAACAACAUAUAUAAAUUAGUUAGCAACAAUGAUAUUUUUACAUCCAGUGUGCUGGAAGAAUUUUCAUACACCAUUGUAUGAAUCUUGUAUAUACAGUCAGUGGUGCUAUUUUUUUUAUAUUAAACUUUUAAAUAUGACAGACUGUUGAAGUCAGGAUGUUUAAUGUUUUGUCUUUGGUGUUUUGUUUUCAUUGAUUGUAUUGCAUAGAAGUACAAUAUAUAGCAAAAAAACCCUCCUUUUUGUGUGUUUUGAAAUUAAAGGCAAUUAGGGGGCAAGCAUUAUUGAAGCAAUAUUGCAAUUAUAACUAACUUUCCCCCUCACAAGUCUUGUCAAAGAUGGUAGUUAAAUAGCUCUGCUGUGUAAAACUGGUCAGGCCACUUCCUCUGAACAAGCACUAAAGAGUCAGAACAUACAUGUCAUUCAUUUCCAAAUUAGAUGCAUUUUUAAACAUAGUUGGUACAAAUUACUUUGCUUCUUGUUCCGUUCAUGGCUUUCACUUCAGACUGUAGCCAAUCAAGUUCUACUUUUGAACCAUCCUGAGAGGUGUGUGUGUAUGUAUGUAUCCUCAAAAGCAACUAUGUGGGUCUGUUUUCUACUUCAAAAGAAUCAUAGCUGGAUCAAAAGACAUUUGCUACAAGCAAUUUCAACAUUUUAUGAGUAUUCCCUUUUGUUUACAAAUGUAGGCAUAGUCUAAGAAUUUGGGGGAAAGUUGUGAGUGAGUUCUUUAGCUACUGUAGCUAAAACAGCCUAUCCCCCAAAUAUACCUGCUGCUGACCUUUUUUUAAAAUGGCUGACCAAUUCGACCUAUUCUGUUCACACAGCUCAUUCAUUUUUCCUUCUCACUGACCACUGCUGCUGUCAUGGCAUCUUCUCCCUCACUGACAAAUGCGUCCCUCCAGAGCAAGGGCUGGAUUAGCUCCAUAAUUGUCCCCUGGCAAUCCAGUGCUGUCAGCCUGCACUUGGGCUGAACCUACUUUUGAACCUGGGCCCCUCUUGUGUGGCAGCAAGGGGAGCUGCUGCUUCUGCAGAACUAUCAGUCUUGCUCAGCAUGAUCAAUGCAUAAAGGUACCCUUGAAACAGGCUGUGGCAAAAGCAUUGCUGAGAGCCAUAUACUGCCCCCAAACCAUAUACUGAAUUCCCAUGGGAGUGAGCUGUCUUAAAAAGAUGCUGUCUUUUUUUUUUUUUUUAAAAGUGGGGGGGGAACGACAUGGGAGGAAAAAACAAAUAGAACAUUAGUAGUAGUAAAAGACUGGGGAAAAUACUGACUGGACUUCUGUCUUAGAAAGAUUGUUUGCAGUAACAAACGCAAUAAUCCAGCUCAGUUAGCACCAUUACCAAAUGGGAGGUUGAAAGUGGCUUGAGAAAAGAGAGUUUGGGCUUUAGAUUGAAAAGUUUGAGUGCUAGGGCCUGAUUCUCAUUGGCGUAAACACUCCUUUAAAGCUCUCUGGCCUAACCUGCUAUAAGCUCCCUUUGUGCUGCUAGAACAAUGUAAAUUGGCCUGGUUGUAAAUGAGAAUUGCUUCCCCCACCCUCGCCCCAUAACCAUGCUUGUAUCUUUAGUUGUUCUGAUCUGAAAGACAGAGAUGUACCUGCCAGUGGUCGAGCAGCAAUAUUUGCAUUGAAGUAGGAGGGGGGAUGUCAUUUCCCUCUCUAGACUGGGAUACACAAUCCCUGUCGUGGGGGAAGGUUGAUCCUUAGCUCACAAAGAUAUGUCCGGAGAGGAAUUUGAUUUGGCCUUUGGAAUGCUCCUGCUCAGCUGCAAGGGGGGAGCAGUGAGUGGAGAGGCAGUGAGGUUAACUGCAGAGCAAGUGCCCCAGCGACCCCCAGUAGGUGGUGGAGCUACUGCAGGUCAUCCCUGCAGCCCAGCUGGUUGUGUGAGGAUUCAGCUGGGUUGCCAAAUGGGUGAGAGGGAUAUCAGAGGUGUGAGUGCAAGCCGAAUGGGUGACACCCGGCAGCCCUGUUCUCUGCUCACACUACUUCUGAUCAAGAGCCCACUGAUGUCAUUAGAAAAGAGUCCCAUUGGCUUCAAUGGGCUUUACUGCAGCCCUAAAUCAGGUGAGAGUCUAUUAAGUCAAUAGUUAUACUGGUGUGAAACUAGUGGAACAGAGAGGAGACUCAUGCCUCUAGUGUUCCAGUCCAGAGGAUUACUGUGUAUUAUUUGUAAGCCACAGUGAAAUGUUCAGUUCUGUACACUGAGUCUGUUUCUACACAUGGGGUUUUCUCCCCUUUGGAGUUAGUUAUAAGAAUGCUCUGUUGGCACAUGCUUCUUCUGUAUCAAAGGACUUGGGACUAUUAGAAAAAUAACUCACAAUAAGCCUUUUGAGGGAAAUGUGGAGGAGAAUUGUGUCCUUUUCCAAAAGCAAACCUUAGUGCAAGGGUUCCAGAAUGCAGCACACGAACACAUAUUGUGUCACACUUUUUAUAAUAUUGCAGUAGCUCAAACAGGGUUGCAGAAAUGGGAAAAUCCAUACCCACAAAAUAUGGUUCUAAAUCUGUACAGCUUUGCCAGAAAAUGCUAGCAAAUCACAGCCACACUACCUUUGAGUGCUUGCAAUAGUUACAUGCUGCUUCCAAAUCCACACUCCCUUCAUGGACAAUUGGAAAUGGUUUCUUUUGGAAAUCUAAAAUUGUACUUGAAAAAGAAUCACUUUUAUUCAUUGCCCUGAGUUCAAUAUUAUGGAAACAUGUCUGCUAACCAUUUGCUUUGUGUAAUUUGUACUAAUGCUAAUAAGAAACAGCUGUGAUGCUUCCUGUUGUAAAUUCUUUUGUGGUGGCAGUGGUAUUAUCGCAUAUACUUCCCCAAUGUGAUAGACUCUAGUAAGAUAGAGCUCUUAUUCUGACACUAUGCAGCUUGAGCAAAUUCCAUCAACUCAAAAUUAGAACUAUGCAAAACUUAAUUGAGAGGAUGUCUCUCCUUCUUCCCAGUCUCUGAACUACCAGGUGCCUGGCUCUGAACUGAUGGGUGAGUUCACAUGAUGCACUGGAGAUAAGUCACUGCGUGUGUAGUGUUCUCAACACUACUGGAUUCAGCAUAAGUGUAAGUGGCAGGUUAGGUUACUUGCAGUUUAAGCAACGGGCUUUCAGUCUGAGGUUAAGCAGUAGAGGAAGGCAGUUUAUUUUUAAAAGAAAUGUUCUAGUAAAAUAUGUUGGCACUUUAAGACUCAGACUGAAACACAGACGGCUUUUCUCAGCGGCAGUCCCAAGUAAAAUGUUUCCCUUAUCCAUGGCUAAAUAAAGAAUCUUGAUCCUACUGAGGCCAAUGUAAGUUUUACUAUUGACUUCAGUGGGACCAGAGCUUGGCCCAGAAAGCAGGGUGAGCUUCAGCCAAGUUCUAAAGUAAGCAGAACCUAACAAGACCUAUUUCAUCCUCCCUUGAUCUACUAAGAAAUAACAAAAGCUCACCAACCUACUCCAGUCCCUCUCCCAUACAACUCCUUCCCUGCUGGUUUAUAUACUCUGCUGCCCAGGGAAUCACUUCCUGUUGCUAAUGAAGCCUAUUAGUAUUCCAAUAGGGAGCUUUGCUAAUAUACCCAUUUUUGUCAGCAAAGUGCAGGUUGGGUGGCAAUGUGAGAGGAGGAGGUGUUAACCCCCUGCCUACCAGAAUCUGUGUAGGAUCCUUUCAGCCGUGUGCCGGAAGGAAACAUUCCAUAAGGCUGUUACAUACACAUGGAUGUUUGAUGAGUUCUCAGUUUUGAAAGGCAAAUUAAAUUAAUAGAAUAUCAGGGUUGGAAGGGACCUCAGGAGGUCAUCUAGUCCAACCCCCUGCUCAAAGCAGGGCCAAUCCCCAAUUUUUGCCCCAGAUCCCUAAGUGGCCCCCUCAAGGAUUGACCUCACAACUCUGGGUUUAGCAGGCCAAUGCUCAAACCACUGAGCUAUCCCACCCCCCUAAUUCUACAUACAGAGCUUCUAAAUAUUGAACCAAGCAAAAUCUCCCAUUGAUUUAUACAUGACUCCACUGAGAGUUUUCCCAGCAUAAGCACUUUGGGAUCAGACCCUUAGUGAAAUUUAAAAACAAAAUUGUUUAAAACCAAUCUAAGUGGCCCAUUACGUUCAGCCACUUUAAUAGUAAUGGCACUUGAUAGUGCUUCAAAUGCAUCAGUCUCUUGGAUGGUGUCAUACUAAAAUAAUAAGGCCAGAUAGGACAAUAGGAAAGAGUCCACCUGCUACUGAAGUCUUUUUCUUUGGUUUCUGGAGAGCUGCCAAAAACAAUGCUUGAGACUGGGCAGGAGAAGGAUGAUGGGCAUGUGUGUGGCUUAGCUAGGCUGGCCUGGUUUUGUAGGCAGGCGGUGAAGUGAGUAAAAUAAAAGCAGGGCUCAGAAGCUGAGAAGAGCAGGUUUCAAAGAGGAGGAAGUCCUGUGUUUUCCUGGUGUCCCCUUGUCGUCUGUGGCCUACUUCCAGACUUGUAUAGAAUCUUUCCUGAACAUAUCUAUGUUUCUUUAUAGCCCAUUGUUAUUGUUAAGGGCAGAGAUCAUGGUGCCCUUCUCUUUUAAAGAUAAAAAUACUGGCCACCAGUUCCCCAUUAUAAGUACUUUAUAAAAGAACAGGAAUCAGUAAAGGGCUACAGACAAAGGGAAAUAAUAGUAAGGACAUUUUAGAAUGUAAUUGCUAUGCAACUGUCACUGUCUUUGCACUCAGAAGUAAGGCAGGGUGAGAGAGAGAACUUCUGAACUUGGGUGAAUCUAAACCAGCGAAAGAUUGAUGUUUAAUUGUAUUCCUUACUUUGAUGGUUGCCUGAUCCAUAAUGUGUUUUCUGACUAUGCGUAUUUGCUGCAAUGGCAGUACUGAGAAUUGAUCAACACACCUGAGUUUCAGUGGAAUAAAAUGACUAUCUGUCAAAUCUAAUCUCUCCUCUCCAUGGCAUUUCUAACGUGCUGUAGUAUUUUGGAGUGUCCUUACUAACUUGAUCCCAGUUUGUGUUGUACUUAAGGAAGAAGCGCUCUUCUUUUCUUAUGGCACAGUAAUGCAAAAAGUUCAAAGAGCAGAUGCUGCCGGAUGCUGUAGGCCAGAUUCUCAGCUGGUAUACAUUGGCAUCACUCCAUUCACUUCAUUGGAAUUACACUAGUUUACACCAGCUGAGGUUCUGGCCCUGUACAUUACAUGUACAGUAGAACCUCAGAGUUAUGAACACGUUGGGAAUAGAGGUUGUUCAUCUGAAAUAUCCAUAACUCUGAACAAAACA